AAAGCCAGGGCCUUUCCUUCUCCACCAGAUUACCCCUACCUUCUGCGUUUUGCUUUCAGCACCUGUACCUCUCUGUCACUCUAUUUUCCUCUUGACACUUUUGCCCCCGCCGAAAUCCCCUAUUCCCCUUUGCUUCCUUUGCAUGUAAACUGUAAAUUAUUCCUGGCUUUUCCAUCUCUUUUUCUCUUUUUUGCUUGAGAAAACCCUAAUCUCUACCCAAUUUUUGAAGAGUUGGGUUUUCUAGGGUUUUGGAUAUCUUCUCUGAAGCUUGGUGUGUCCAAUCCAGGCAUUAGAUUACAGCUGAGUCACAAGAAUUAGAGGGAGUAAAUGUUGUUUUAUUUGAACCUUAGGUGGACAAAUGAUUCUCACGAAGCAGUAUCGAUGUAUACAUUCUGCAAGCUGUCAAUGCACAAAAGGGCAUCUAAGUGAAGAUGCUAUAUUCCUUGUAUUUCAACAAUUGAAUUGGAAUCCUAAGUUAAUAGCAACACUUUCCUGUGUCUGCAAAUGGUUUGAUGAUCUUGCCAAACGUGUACUGUGGAAGGAGUUUUGUAAAACAAGAGCACCAAAGAUGAUGAUUGAUUUGCAAUCUAGUGGGAGUCACAGUGUAGAUGGAAACUGGAGGGCACUUGGAAAACUGCUUAUUUACUGUUCAGGAAGUAAGAAGGGCGGCCUCUUUAAUACCGUUCAUAUCCCUGGUCACUUUGUCUAUAGGACCAGGUUUUCUAGGACAUCGGGGAAGAGCUUCCUUUUGCCACAAUGCAGAACAGAUGUAUUGUAUGUCUCUGACCCGUGUGAACAUCUUGACCAAGGAGAAGAGGGAGAUGUGGGUUUCUUCCGGGGAAUUUUCAAGUCGUUCUCAAUGUCAAAGGUCCGGAAGAUGUUGAUUAAAAGAGAGGCCCAAUUUCAUCCAACAGAGGUGUGCCCUUACUGUAAGGCCAAGUUGUGGAGCAUGUUGCAAGCCAAAAUGAUACCUCAAAGUGCCAGCUGCAGAUUGGGCGCUUAUGAGGAUUGCAUUGAGUAUUUUGUUUGCCUCAAUGGACAUUUGCUCGGUAUCUGUACUCUGUUACCUUUAUCUGAUUCAGAAGAGGCAUCGGAGUUGGAGUGAAAGUUGAAACAAAAAAGAGGCAGGUUCCUUGCCAUUUUGUAAGCAUAAAGUUGUCGAGGCUGAACAUAUUUGGGGGCUCGAGCUGAAAUGAACCAUUAACAAUCACAUCAAGUGUUCGAGCAUUCUGCCCUGCUCUGAUGUUGUUUUACAAUGGACGUGUUAGAAGCUGUUGCUAACCAUUUGUUUUCCAAUUGCCCUUUCCAUAAAAUGUAGUUACCGUGAACCAUGUAAUCCAAUGUACAUUCAUGUAUGCUCUAAAUAUGUAUGUGGAUCAAAUAUUGGGUUGUGCAAUAAGGUUACACGCUCACCAUGAUCUUAUAAGUUGCUUCAGUCCACCUUU